AUGGACCUGGAGGUCAGGGAGAAGGUGGAGGUGUAUCCAGGUAACUCCAAGGCCAGGCCGCUCUUAAAACCACUACAGUCAAGGUUAAACAAUAGAGCUGAAUUGAAGCUUUUGAGCUCCACGCGGCAGGACUCAAACGCAGGCGCGCCUCACAAGUUGCACAUGCGUCACACAGGACAGACACUGCACAUGGCAUGGGUCCUGCUCCCGGACCACACCAAACGGCCCGCACUGGGAUGCCAUUCGUAUCGCACGAGCUCCACUGAAGCAGACCGCCCAACACCGACAUUCAUCCUCAGCCUGUCAAUGCAGCCCCAUACAUAUACAUGGGUCCAUGCAGUGAUGACACACAGGCCGAUGAAAGUGUUUCCAGUUUUUGUGUCCCACUUCAAAGAGGCGGAUGGCUCUUACUCUGGAGGGGAUGGGAAACGGAGCAAGAUCUUCAAACAGAAGUUUUUUUAA